AUGAUAACAAUUUGUGUAGCCGAAUCAGAGGAAGAUGUGUUAGCUAUAAAAGCUUUGCAACGCGAUAAUCUUCGAAGCAACGUAUCUAUUGAAAAACCGAAGUCGGAUGGUUUCGUUACUAAUGAAUACGACGUUGAAUUUCUUUCUCAAAUCUGUCGAACAGCACCGAAUAUCAUCGCCAAAGAUUCAACAUCAAAAUUAAUCGGUUAUGCAUUAGCAGUGUUACCUGAAAAUGCAUCGAAUUCACCGGAAAUCAACGAACUCGUCUCGUUAAUCAAUCAUACAGAAUACAAAGGUAAACCAACGAAAACUUACAAAUACUACAUAAUGGGUCAAGUAUGCAUUGCUGAUGGGUUUCGAGGCAAAAACAUUUUUGACCGAAUGUACGAUAAGCAUCGUGAACUGUACGGUAAUUCUUACGAUUUGGUGAUUACAGAUGUUACAGAGACGAACGUUCGUUCAUUUCGUGCUCAUCUUCGAGUGGGAUUUGAGGUGUUGCAUGCAUAUAAAGGCCAUUUAACAGAUGAAACUUGGUACAUCAUUGCGUGGGAUUGGCGAAAUUGA